AUGAAAGGUCUAAUUCUUGUUGGUGGUUACGGUACCAGACUAAGACCCCUUACCCUCACUGUCCCAAAGCCUUUGGUCGAAUUUGGUAACAGACCUAUGAUUCUGCACCAAAUCGAGGCACUAGCUGCGGCUGGUGUCACCGACAUUGUGCUUGCGGUCAACUACCGUCCUGAGGUUAUGGUCGAGACCCUCAAAAAAUACGAGAAAGAGUACGGCGUUAAUAUCACCUUCUCCGUCGAGACAGAGCCCUUGGGCACGGCUGGUCCGUUGAAACUUGCUGAAAAGGUCUUGAAAAAGGACAAUUCACCAUUUUUCGUUCUGAACUCGGACGUGAUCUGUGACUACCCAUUCCAGGAACUUGCUGACUUCCACAGGGCCCACGGUGGGAAAGGUACUAUUGUCGCUACCAAAGUUGAUGAACCCUCGAAGUACGGUGUCAUUGUGCACGAUAUUGCUACUCCAAACCUGAUUGACCGCUUCGUUGAAAAGCCAGUUGAGUUCGUUGGUAACAGAAUCAACGCCGGUUUGUACAUCUUGAACCCCGAGGUUAUCGAUCUCAUUGACCUCAAGCCAACUUCGAUCGAAAAGGAGACUUUCCCAAUCCUUGUCGAGCAGAAAUCGCUUUACUCGUUCGACUUGGAAGGUUACUGGAUGGACGUUGGUCAACCAAAAGAUUUCUUGUCCGGUUCCGUUCUUUACUUGAACUCUCUUUCCAAGAGAAGCCCAGGCUCUAUGGCCAAGGGAGAAAACAUCGUGGGCAAUGUCAUCGUCGACCCAUCUGCCAAGAUCGCCGCUUCUGCCAAGAUUGGUCCAGACGUCGUCAUUGGACCAAACGUCACUAUCGGUGACGGUGUAAGAAUCACCAGAUCCGUUGUUCUCUGCAACUCCAACAUCAAGGACCACGCCCUUGUCAAGUCCACCAUCGUUGGCUGGAACUCUACAGUCGGUAAGUGGGCCAGGUUGGAAGGUGUCACCGUCUUGGGUGACGAUGUGGAAGUCAAGGACGAAGUCUACGUUAACGGUGGUAAAGUCUUACCUCACAAGUCCAUCUCCGCCAACGUUCCAAAGGAGGCUAUUAUCAUGUGA